UGUGAGGAAGGGCUUGUGCUGCGUGUCCUCCUCGCACUCGCUUCAGGAUCCACCGUUUUCGUUCAUGCGAUUGCAAAUGUGAUUCUUAUCAGUGAAAGUGAUAAUCGAUCCUAUCAUGACGAGAUGCCAUGCUUGGAGAACCUGCAUGAAAAGUUAUUUCUAAUCUUUCAAGGAAGAAAUUAAUGACAACUUGAAACAGUUCACGUUACUUUAGAGCGUCACUUGAACCCUAACGACUAUAAACGAACUUGAGGGUUAAAAAAUAAAAAAAAUAAUUAGAUUUGGCCCAGGCAUAUUACUGGCGCACCGAUUACCGCUCUAAGCCCUCGGAUAAGAAAAGACCAUAAGAAUUUACCCCCACUUUGGUUCCCCUAUUUGUAAAAUACUUAAUGACCUGUAAAAAAGGAAGUAUAUAAUACCCCUCUCACAUUGAUUCUUCUCCCCCCACCCCUCUACCUCCCCCCCCCUUAACCCAAACCUCACCCACCGCGAGAAUAUCGUGAAACUUGGAGACCUUAAAAAAAGAGAGAAAAAAACAACAAUAAAACGGGGAGAAAAGGGUAUAAAAGAAAAGAAAAGACAGCUCCGUCACCAUGGUCGUCCCUAGAAGUAAGAAAACGCCGGUGCUCCUCUGCCUUCUUCUCGUGUUGGAAGUGUGCAGCGCCACGGCCUAUGACCCAGAGGCCAGCAUAACGGGUCUGUACACGGGACCAUAUUUUGACCCUCUCGCCCCCCGCAAUCUCACAGCACACCUUGGGGAUGAGGCCACUCUGCCAUGCACAGUGCGGCAGCUGGGAGACAAGUCGGUAUCCUGGGUACGGAUGAGAGACGCAGACAUUCUGACGGUGGAUCGGUACACAUUCGUAGGCGACGAGAGGUUCGAGUCACACUAUUCGGCCGAGCUAGAGACCUGGAACCUGGUGAUUAAGUAUGUACAAGAGAGGGACGCCGGACAGUACGAGUGCCAAGUGUCGACGGAGCCCAAGAUGAGUCAGCUCUUUAACCUCCGGGUUGUCAUUCCCAAAGUGACUAUUGUACCUCCUGGCGACCGUUUCGUCAAGGCCGGAAGUACGGUUCGUGUGGACUGCCAGAUCACAGACGUCGUGCAGCUUCCCGACUACAUAUUCUGGUACCUAGAAGAUCGUCGAGUUAUGGAUCACCAGGACCCGAACUUGCUGGUAACCGUCAAACGCACAGGCGCUGAGUCUAUCACCUCGACCUUAACCAUCCACCGCGUACGUCGUGAGGAGAGUGGAAACUACACUUGCAUGCCGUCCAACCUACACGCAGCUUCGGUCACUCUCCAUGUUCUCAAUGAGAAGCACCCAGCGGCGAUGCAAGCGGAGACCAGCGGUGCGGGAGGCGUCCAGGCCGGCAAGCUGCAGCUCCUCGUCCUCCUCCUCUUCCUCUUGGCCUCGACCUCCUCGCUCGCCCUUAAUGAAGAGGAUAAUAAGGCGGACACAAAGCCCCGAGAGACAGUGGAUCAAGACCCUCCCGCUACUGCUACUUCUCCUUCUGCUUCCUCUCUGCUUCCUUUGCCUCCCUGCUCCUCUCUGUCUGCCCCCCUGCCGCCCGUCGCCCACGCCCUUCGCGGCCUCGACAAAGAGGGAACACUGGAGAUCCUGCGAGACUUGCUGGCUGUUCUUCCGGAGAGUGACAACAUGGCCGACCUCCCUGCCAAGUGCCGAGGCUUCCCGAGUGUCCAGGAGGGUCAGGUCACCGCCGGAAGGUCCUGGAGGGCUGGAGGAGGCCAGAGUGGGUUCCCCGCCUUCUCCCCCCGGCUCUUGACGAAGGCCGAAGUGCCACUCGUCCUCGAGGGCGACCCUUUAGCAUCCUUCCUUGAGACUCUGGCCCGACCACGAGUGAGUGCCAUCGACAACCCCGCCCACCUCGACGACCGCCUCCUCUGCCUCGACCUUGCUCAUCGCCCCUCCGCCGCCCGCGCCUGCGACCGCCCGCGCCUCCCGGGAGAGGGAGAGAGGCUCUGUGUGGGCGCCGUGCCGUCCUGCGAGCUGCGCCCCGUCGAGGCCCGGAAGCCGCGCCCCGCCCGGUGGUCAGCCUCUGUCCAGGCGACUCGGUGAUCGCCGAGCUCGCCUCUCCGAUACAAGCCUGUAAAUACUUGUACAUAAAUAUAGCAUUUUUAUGUGUACAGAUAGAGUCGUACAAACAAUUGUUCCCUGUUGGCAGUUAGACAGGAUAAGUCUUAAGAAACAACUGUCGUUUUGUAGACGUUUAUAGGAGACGAAGAAGCAUCAUGGCAGAUUAUGACCUCACGCGAAGGCUGCAAAGGUCAAAGGGAAGAAGGAGAAAUAAUGUCAAACUCGACUGUAAAUAAUUAUCUUUCUCUGGUCCUUAUUCAAAGAGGCUCUCGGUGUGUUCCUGUGUUCCUCUGAGCCUUCUUGACAAUUAUCAUAGACAAACAAGGCUCAAUAAAAAAUAUAUAUAUAUUUACAAAUUUAAUCCUUAGGUUUGUAAAGACGUUGAUGAGUAUUUCGUUGCUUGAGUUUCAAUAUAUUAGAGAAUAUCUACUGAUGUUGAUUAUGUGUCGUUUUUAAUAUGUCUAGAUCUGGUCUCUGAAGUCUUCCGCACUCUCUCUUCUCUCUCCCUCUCUCUGCUCUCUCUCUCUCUUCUUCUUCUUCUUCUUUUUCCUCCUCCUCCUCCUCCCCCUCC